UGUAAUUGGUCGAUAUUUAAAUUGUUAUUUAUAGAUGAAAUGUCACUUGGACAUGGGAGUCCACGCAAUGCUGUUAGAUUUACUGGUAGACUCAGUAGAGCUAAUUUUAAUCAGAUUGGAGUUAUCUGCUCCGCAGUGCCUGGUGUCUUAUCUCUUUAUAUUAUUUUCACUCUCUCAUUUGUCUUCAAUCCAGAUCUGUUAAGGCACACUCAACAACAGAUUUCAACCAAUUCUAAAGCUAAAGGUGGCCACAGACGGAGCGACGCUUCCACCCAGCCCCACCCCACCCCAUCCCACCUCGACCCCCUUUAAACUACAGGCUUGUUUUUCCUUUCAAACAAAUGGCGAUAAAUAUAAUAUUUUGUUCUAUUUCAGAUCAACACACCCUCCAGAAUGUCCUGUGACAGAAGUGAAUAUUCGUACGCCGGCGUCCUUGACAUCACCGUCAAAACGACAGGCUGCUACGCCGACCCGAUUUCGUCUCGAGGAAAAGCUCUGCAGAUAAUCCGAGCCAUUUCGCUCAUCUUCAUCCCUCUCGUCGGCAUGGCAACCUUCGCUGCAAUAAUGCUCUCCUCUGCCAUGACGUCAGACGCCGAAAUGGAUGACGUCAGAAGACAAAUAACACGCGCACAGGACAUCGGCGAUUUCAUCCACGCGCUGCAGCUCGAGCGAGCAGACGUCGUCCUCGCGAUUCAGAUGAAGAACACUUCGUUCCUGAACGCGUCUUUCGAAAGGACGAAUCAAGAGAGCCGGCUGUUACGUCACUGGCCGUACUGCGAUCUCGUGACCAGCGACUCCCUCCUCGCACAGCUUGGCGACCACAGAUCUCACAUGUUCAACUCCAGCGUGUCGAGUUUCACUGAGAUCGCCUUCUACAGCAAUCUGAGCUCGUGCUUUCUUUCUCAUCUCAUAGGCGCCAUCACGCACAUGUCCAGCGGACAGUUCUGGCAGGACAUCGUGGCGUACAAGAUGCUCAUACGAGCCAAAGAAAACAUGGGCUUGGUGCUAGCGUUUGGAAUAGUAUUUUUCGAGAACGGGACCCUGUCUGAUGAAGACUACAAUCUGCUUCACAAGAAUGACGCGCUGGCUUUCGAUCACAUAGAGACUUACAAACAGUAUUCAGACAAUUUCUUUCCCGACAACAAUUCUGUGCUGGAAGCUGUGAAUAAAUUUCGACAAGAUUAUCAGACCAACUGGUUUCCGAACCCAUCCAACAGGAAAGGUUCCGAAUUCUACGGCGUCAUGCACCAGUAUCUGGAAAUCUUAGCCAACACCAAGCGGACGUUAAAGGAGCGCAUUCUGUUCAAAGUGGAGCAACGUGUGGAGAAAGUGAAACUCAAUCUGAUCAUGGCCUCGAUGGCCUGUGUCCUAGUCUUCAUCCUGGCUCCGGUUCUCUUCAGCCUCACUCACCGACUGACCACCUCGAUUCAGAACUACGCGAGAGAGGCGUUUAGAAAAUCUCAUCUGCUGAAGAUCGAAAAACAGCGAGCAGACGACCUACUCUACCAGAUGAUGCCGAAAAGCGUCGCCCAGCAACUGAAGAUGAACAAGGCUGUGAACGCGGAGUACUUCGAGAACGUGACCGUUUACUUCAGCGACAUCGUGGGCUUCACGACGUUGUCGGCGUCGUGCUCGCCGCUGCAGGUGGUCGAGUUCCUCAACAAGUUGUACCACUUCUUCGACGGCUGCCUCGACCUGUACGACGUCUACAAGGUGGAAACAAUCGGCGACGCCUACAUGGUCGUCAGCGGUCUGCCGCAGCGCAACGGCAUCAAGCAUGUCAGCGAGGUGGCGCUCAUGGCCGUCGAGCUGUUGCUAGGGGUGACGGAUUUCCAGAUUCCUCACCUUCAAGACAGACGUCUACAGUUGAGGAUUGGAAUACACACAGGCUCCGUGGUAGCCGGCGUGGUGGGCACCAAGAUGCCGAGGUAUUGUCUGUUCGGCGACACCGUCAACACCGCGUCCAGGAUGGAGUCCAACGGCUUACCUCAAACGAUCCACAUAAGUAAAGAAACGAAGUGUUACUUGGACGAUAUUGGCGGAUUUACAACAAAAUCAAGAGGUUUUAUUAAUGUUAAGGGCAAGGGAGAGAUGGAAACGUUUGUUUUAAGUGGUACAACUCGUCCAGUCCCGCGCAGCAGACGCCAAAGUGGGCUGGUUCUUCCUGACGUUGCCAAGGACAACCCAGUUAUGAUCGACGUGUCUUCGUUAGGUUACCAAGGAGAAGACAAUCGGAUAUUUGAGCAGUCAGAAUAGUUUUGUUUGGAAUAAAAUACUGGAAUACUU